AUGCGCCGGGCAGUGCGGCCGGCGGCGGGCAGUGAGCGGGGCUGCAGACGCCGCCUCUCCCCACACACACACACACAUCCCCGGGGACAGGGGCAGAGCAACAUGCACCCUCCAUCCUCCCUGCUUCUCCCGGCUUGAGGGCUCAGUCUGCAGCGGGGGUCGGUCAGCAUGCAGCACUCUCUGACCCAGCAGCCCAAUGGAUUAACCCUGCACGAGUCAGCAGGGCUCUUCAAUAAAAGGAAGAGAGCCUCCCUGCUGGUGAGUGGUUCGCUUCUCAUUGCCUCCGUGUUGAUUCUGACAGUGGGUUUGGCAGCCACCACACGGACCCUGAAUGUUUCAGUCGGAGGAUACUACCCGGGGGUCAUUCUUGGUUUUGGAUCCUUUCUGGGACUGAUUGGAUCAAAUCUACUUGAAAAUAAAAGGCAGAUGCUGGUGGCGUCGAUUGUGUUCAUCAGCUUUGGUGUAGUGGCGUCUUUCUGCUGUGCCAUUGUUGAUGGUGUAUUUGCUGCCAGACACAUUGAUAUCAGGCCCUUCCAUGCAGGGAGAUGCCAGUAUUAUUCCAGUGGAACUCCAUAUCCUUCAGAUGAUUAUAAUACAGAGGUGACCUGCCCAAGCCAGUCGCGAUCUCCAUGCAUACUGAAGAUAAAGAGCAAUACCUGCUACUGUUGCGAUCUUUAUAAAUGUGGCAGCCGUGACACUCUGGGUGGUUAUUACGAGUACAACGAUGUGGGAAGUUGUCAGGAAGUUAUCUACCUCUACCACCUGCUUUGGUCAUCGACAAUCCUCAACGUUGUGGGUUUGUUCCUUGGAAUCAUCACAGCAGCUGUCCUCGGCUCCUUCAAAGACAUGCAGACUCCGGCUGCGUCUGGAAUCACCUGUGCUCCAGAGCCCCCACCUCCACCUAUAAUGUACGACCCUGGGCAGCAGGUACUGGCCUACACUAACUAUUACCCUGGGCCAACUCACCUACCACCUUACAGUCCAUAUGACAUGCAGCAUCCCAGUAUAUUCUCAGCUUCAACGCCAUCGGAUGACUCGCAGUCGAUCUCACAGUCUGCCUCAAGCUAUAUGUGGCCGCCAAAUACCCCUCCUCGCUACUCCCCCGCGUACUAUCCACCUGAUGAGAAGCCACCACCGUACACGCCAUAGACCUGUCAUUCCUUCCACAUUCAGCACAGACUGGGCCCAGCUGAAGACUUCUCUAAUGAGACCAGCGGCCACGUGGAUCACGCUGUGAUCACCAUGUGCUCCCUCUCAUCACCAGAUCUCGCCGCAACGAGUUUCAAGAGAGGAACUUACCUGUACAGACCAUCAGCAUAUCAUCCUGCAACUUAUUGUAUUACUGUAGGGUAUGUUAAUCUUUAUUUGUUGAAAGAUAAUUCACUUAUUACCCAAGAUUACAGUGAAUAGAGAAAAAGAUACAACCACUUUGGAAAAUGCAAGUUCAUUGGAGGUAACAAUUUACCACUACUUAAAUGAAUGAAGACAGACAGUCAAGGAGGUGAAUGAUCCAACUAUUUUCUUAUGUUGCUAAUUUAUCAAUUAGGACAUACAAAUACAUACAAAUAUAUACUUUAUAGUUGAUAUUCUAUUUUUAGUUUUAUGGUAUUCACUUAUAUUUUGAUGGAGGGUUUUAUCCAUCAGAGUCCCUACUUUUUACUUAUCUGCAUUGCACUUUACAAAGAUAAUGUGAACAUUCUUGGUGUCGAGAACAGUGCUGCUGUUAUCAGGUAGAUAUGCACGAACGCAAGCGUAUUUUCAUUUCAAGCAUUCUUGGUACACCAGAUCGAUGGUGUUCUGAAAUAUUAUUCCAUUAUCUUUCUCUGUUGCCACAAGUGGAGUUUGACAGAUUAUGCUUGCUUAUAGUUCUUUGCUGAAUCGGGUGUGGUCUCUCUCUGGGCAUUGCAGUUAAUCUGAGCACCCUCGUGUUAAGCAGAGAAAAAUCAUCCAGGUUUCCAUUUCACUGGAAUGUUGCUGAACUCCUGGUGGAAGGAUAGUAAACAACAAGAGGAUGAGGCUAGGCUUUUUCAUGGUUUACAGGAGAAAUGGUCCUAAUGUUUUCAGAAGGGAACAAAAAUAGUUCUAGUUAGGAACUCAGAAAGUUUCAUUUCCAUUUUGCUACAGAAACAUGCGAAACAAGGAGAUAAGUUCAUAGAAAAAUAGAUAUUUAUAUAAUUAAUAGCUACUUUCUCUAACAAUAGUUCUUGUGUGGCGCACUAACAUGCCAAAAAAAAACUACAGGUACUUCCGAAGGAUAUUAUCAAACAGAAUUAGGGCAAUGAGAGCCCUAAUUAGGGCAGAUAGCUGCAAACCUGGUCAGAUAUAGGGUUUGAGUAGCCUAUUAAAUGAGAGAAAGAGAGAUAGAGGGGUGGAGAUACAUAACUUAGUUCCUUGGUAGCUAAAGACAAUAGUGGAAUUGAGCAGGUGGCUAAGAUUGAAGGAAUUCAGAGAAGGAGGGGGCUGUAAGUCUGGAGAAGGAUGCAGAGUUAGGGAGGCUGGAGCCAUAGUGGGAUCUUAAAUGAAAGAAGAACGUUUUAACAUUGAGAUGUUGCUGAACCAAGAGAAUGCAGAGCAUUGUGUAUAGAAGUUGGGAGGUCAUGCUGCAGUUAUAUAAGAUGUUUGAUGAGGCUACGUAUUGUGUUCAGUUGUGGUCACCAUGUUAUAGGAAAAAUGUCGUCAAGCUGAAAAGUGUGCAGGGCAGAUUUACGAGGAUGUUGCCAGGACUCGAGGGCUUGAGCUAUAGGGAGUGGUUAAGCAGGCUAGGACUUUAUUCAUUGGAAAGCAGGAGAAUGAAGAGUGAUCUUAUGGAGGUGUACAAAAUCAUGAGAGGAACAGAUCGAGUAGACAAAGUCUUUUGCCUUCAGUAGGGGAAUUGAGAAGCAGGGGACAUAGGUUUAAGGUGCGGGAGGAAAGAUUUGAUAGGAACCUGAGGGGUAACGUUUUGACACAAAGUGUGUUGGAUGCAUGGAACAAGCUGCCAGAGGCAGUAGUUGGGGCAGGUACUAUCACAACGUUUAAGAAGCAUUUAGAUAGGUACAUGGAUAGGACAGAUUUAGAGGGAUACGAAAGCUUUUUCACACAGAGGGUUGUGAAUCUGUGGAAUUCUCUGCCUCAGAAGACAGUGGAGGCCAAUUCUUUGGAUGCUUUCAAGAUUUCAAGAGUUCGAUAGAGCUCUUAAAGAUAGCGGAGUCAGGGGAUAUGGCGGGAAGGCAGGAACGUGGUACUGACUGUGGAUGAUCAGCUAUGAUCAUAUUAAAUGGUGGUGCUGGCUCGAGGGAGCGAAUGGCCUAACCCUGCAUCGAUUGUUUAUUGAGCCUAAUGCAGGCAGGUGGGACUAGUGUAGAAGGGGCAUGCUGGUCAGUAUGGGCGAAUUUAGCCGAAGAACCAGUUUGUUCUCCCUGUAUGACUCUAUGACUACAUCACCAAGUACAGAUGUGAGGAGCGGCUAGGACAUGACUGGAGUUCGGACCCCAUUUCCAGAAAGAGAUGAGAUGUUUUCCUGGUGCUUUUUUUUUACGACAGCUGUACAUAAUACAUAAGACCCUGCCUACCUUAUGGGUUGAUGACCCAAAAUAGUCUGUUUGCUUGAGAGACAGAACAUUCCAUAAAAAUACUUCUAAUAAUGAUGGUAAUUUGGAAGACUGGUCUUUCUGUGGAGGUGUUGAUGAAGGUGGGGAAACUACAUAAACAUACUUUUCUUCACACGGUUAAGCCAUGCCAUUAAAUUGUGUUUGUGCAGUGUU